AUAACCAUUUACGUACUUGAAAAUUAAACACAAAAAUGUGCCAUCCACAUAUCUUUUCUUUAUUUUUAAUAUUGCUAGUUCUUGCUUUUGAAGCUUGUGAAUCCCAAGAUUGUAGUAAUCCACCACUAGACAUCACCGUUAGUCAAUCACAGCAAGCAAAGUUUAAAACAAUUCAAAGUGCCAUUGAUUCUGUCUCUGAACAAAAUUCUCGAUGGAUUCACAUUCAUAUUUCCCCUGGUGUUUACAAAGAGCAAAUUCAAAUUCCCAUGAACAAACCAUGCAUUUAUCUUGAAGGAAGUGGUAGCGACUCUACAAGUAUCGAAUGGGAUUCACAUCUCAAUGCUACUUUUGAUGUACAAGCAAAUUACACCGUUGCCAAAAGUAUUGCAUUCUUGAACACACUCAACACACCUAUAAUACUAGAGAAGGAGACCCCAAUCACACAAGCUGUGGCAGCUUUGAUAAGUGGAGAUAAAUGUGCAUUCUAUGAUUGUGCUUUUUAUGGGGUGCAAGACACUCUUUAUGAUCAUCGUGGCCGCCAUUACUACCACAACUGUUAUAUUCAAGGUGGAACUGAUUUCGUAUUCGGAUAUGGACAAUCAAUCUUUGAGGCAAGUAUAUUGAACUUUUCAAUGGGGAAAAAUGGUCCGAAACAUGAUGGAUGUUUUACGGCACAAAGAAGAACGACAGCAAAUGAUACAAGUGGAUUUGUGUUUAAAAAUUGUACAUUCACCGGUACAAGAGGAAAUGCUAUACUUGGGAGAUCUUUGGAUGCUUAUGCAAGAGUUAUCAUUGCCAAUUCAUACCUAUCAAAUGUUGUUACUCCUGUCGGUUGGAAUUCUAGGACCUUUGUUGGUCAUGAAGAAACCAUCACGUUUGUUGAGGUGGGAAACAGAGGACCAGGAGCGAAUCAAUCCAAGCGAGUGAAAUGGAUGAAGCACUUGAGUGGAGCUGAGCUUGACCAAUUCUUGAAUAUCUCAUUUAUUGAUAACGAAGGGUGGCUUCCCAAAUUGCCAACGAACAUCGCCAUUUGAAUCACUCCAUGGAUUUUAUUUCAUCUUGACUUAAGUCAAAUGUAGAAUUAAUGUUGAAAUGUUGAAAUGUUGGAAUGUAAUUGUAUAAAAAUGGUUUUAUU